UACUCUUGUUUUGGAAAAUUCAUCAUUAGUUGUCAAGGCUAAUGAUUUCAAAGGUCAAUUUCAUGGGGAAAAUACCUUGUCAUAUGUUGGUCCUAUCAACAAGGUAUUUAAGAAAUGCAAACAAAUCCUUGAAAAUACCAUCAAAGGUUACAGUAUUCCUGAUGCUUAUAAUCAAGUUAAUUUGCAAAAAGUAGUUGAAACUUAUGUCAAAGUUUUACAAGAUCCUGAACUUCCAAUACAUCAACUAAUGGAAAUAUUAUCUUCAGAAACUUGCAUUCCUGAAAAAGUUAAGAAGAAUAUAUAUUCUCUUUUGGCAUCUUAUAAAAUUACCCUUGGAUCAUUGUCAGUAAAAUUUCCCACAAUUAAAAUUGCAGAAUUAAUUAACAG